AUGACAGCCAGGCAGAGAGCAUUUCCCAUUGUGAGACAUGACAGCCAGGCAGAGAGCAUUCCCCCAUUUGAUCUGUUGGUGUUGCAGGUCCAGGUGCAGAAGCUGCGGAUGGCGCACAUGAGGGGGUCCUGCUAUGGCGGUUCUCUGCCCAACGUCAACCAGAUCGCCAGCAACUCCCCCGAAUUCCAGUCUCCGCUGGACCCCUCCCGCAGUACCCGGCACCACGGCCUGGUGGAACGAGUCCACAGAGAUCCCCGCCGGAUGAUGUCACCACUACGCCGGUAUAUGCGGCAAUUGGACAGUUCACCGUACAGCACCGCCCACCUCUCCGCCCACCAGGAGGCCGGCUGGAAGAGGGUCCUCGGUAUGGGGGGUGGGGUUAUGUUUGUCCUCACUUUCCUUAACACACCAACUUGGACAGUUCACCGUACAGCACCGCCCACCUCUCCGCCCACCAGGAGGCCGGCUGGAAGAGCGGUGGACUCCUCUCCCCCCGGCUUCUCCAAGGAGAUCACCUCGGCGCUGUCCUCCGUCCCCGGCUUCGAAGGGGACCCCACACUGGGACUGGAGGACGACCUGAACAUCGAGCCGCUCACGCUGGACGGGCUGAACAUGCUGAGCGACCCGUACGCCCCGCUGACCGACCCGCUGGUGGAGGACUCCUUCCGCUCCGACCGCCUGCAGUGACCGCCGGCUGCGCCAGCCACUCACACAGAUCCAUAAAGGUUCUUGGCGGGGCCUGAUGGUUGGACGAUGAAGGUCCCCGAUAUAGAGGGGUCAUGUGACCAGCACUGCCGCAGCCCCCCCGUGGGCAGGGACCAGAGGCCCGCCCUCGUCAUUUGGCUCCGCCCACCGCGGGGAUCCUGCAGCUGAACUUGAACACAAUCUGUAAAAAAUUGUCAAUAGAUUUUUAUUUUAUUAUUCUAAAGAAGAGAAAAUCUAUUUACGAAAUGUAUAAAAAUAUAUUUUAUUACAUGGGAGGCCGAGAAGAGUGAGCGGGGGAGAGCGAGAAAUUUGCCGGCUGGAGAGGGAAUCCAAUGUAUUCAGUUUUGGAUGGAGGGGGGAGAGCGGACGUUUCUAUUGGCUAUUUAUUUCUGUCUGUGACCCCCCACUGGGGAGAUUCACCCUCACUUCCUGUCCCUGUGACACCCAUACAGGAAAUGAGGGGAGUGGCUGUCGCCUUUACAGGGAAUGAGGGGGCGUGGUCUUCAUCUGUACA